UUAUAUAUUUUUUGGGUUGAUGUUACUCUCAUCUAGAUUGUGUUUUCUUCGUUUAAAUAAUUUAACUCUAUUUUGUAUUAUUACUAAAUGGUAGUGAUGUACUGUUCUGACGGAAAGUGAAAAUUAUUUGGAAUAGGAAAUAGUAAUUUGGUGUCUGACGAAACCAACCGAAUGCGUCUGACCAAUGAGAAUGCCAAAUUUAACUUUAAAGUUACUAUGAUGUAUUUUUUGUUCCAAACAAAGUAAAAACGCCAAAAAAUGUGGUUAAAUUGGUCAAAAAUGUAUGAUUUUUUUCGUAUGUAUAAAAGUGGUGCUCGUAAUAGUGAUAAACUUUAAAUUAUUAGAGGAACUUUAAAGUUUUGUAGGCAUUUUUAUAUUGAUGUUGUAACCAAAAAGUCGCUUCGCCAAAAUGGACGAAGUUAACGCUCAUAUUCAGCCCCAAAGUUCCGUAUGUAGUGAUUCUAACGGAGAUGAUACUUCCAGAAAUGAUGUACCCGCUUCACCCUUGGACUUGAGGUUAUGUUUAGUGGGAAAUUUGACAAAUGAUUUAAAACUUCGUUCAGUGGCAGAGACUUUUGGUGUUCCUAUAGUUAAUUCAGAAAACGGACAAGAAUACGCUCAAGAUGAUAAUAUUACAAUUUUUGUAUUGGAAAAUUUUGAAGGAGAUGUAUAUAAUAGUUUAUAUAAAUCAAGGCAGCCCAUAUUGGGCCCUCCAGCAUUACAACAGCUGGCUCUUCGAAAAGAAAAACUUCCUAGUAAUACUAGACCACUUUUUAAUUUGGCAAUGACGGGAGUAGUUGUUUGUUUUACGGGAUUUAGAAAUAAAGAUGACCUGACCAAAUUAGUUCCCUUAAUACACCAUAUGGGUGGUUCUAUUAGAAAAGAUAUGUCUGCAAAAGUAACGCAUUUAAUAGCAAAUGUAAGUGGUGGUGAUAAAUAUCAGUAUGCAGCUACAUUUAGGGUGCCAGUUAUGAAUCUGCACUGGGUACACGCCAGUUGGGAGCAUAGACAUGAACUGGAAUUUGUCGCUACAUUGGACACAUUCACGGCUGAACACAAACUCAAACCUUUCCAUGGAGCCCGAGUUUGUUUUAUUGGCUUCCCGGAAGAGGAAGAAAAACACAUGACUGAAGUACUACUGUCAAAUGGCGGUGCUGUAACUAAUCUCGAAGAUCCCGGUUGCAGUCAUGUGGUUAUGGAACAUGCAGAAGUCUACACGUUAGAAGCUGCUAGUGCACCACUUUCUCCUAAAAUUGUGUCACCCCAGUUAACUUCUCCUAAACAGAUUGUCGAAGAACCAGCUAUUUCCUCUGACAUUCCCAAUUUAACCCCCAAAACCCCUUCCAUUCAAAACAGCAUAAAUAAUAACAUAGCUUUAUCAGGGUCAUGUUUUAAGGCCAGUCAAAGUGUGAUGGGUCUCGAAACUUUGCAUGAGAAUUCACAAGACCUUGACCUAGUCAGUGAAUUGGAUAGUAUUUGUUUUGACCAGUCGUUUGAUGUAAGCAAUGCCUCUGUCAAACGAAAACGCAAAUUUGUCUCCCCAGAACAACCAAGUAUUUUGGUUAAACGUAAAAGGGAUAAGAGCUACAGUGAAAGAAAAAAAAAAGUUUCCGAAUUCUUCAAAACACCUAUAAAUUAUUUUUCUAAUCGUAGACGUACAAUUGACGCUGCUUCUUUUAAUCAAAGUUUGAAUGACAGCGUGAUAUCCAGUUCCGGAAUUUUUAAUGUUGACACGGUGCAGAAUUUGAAUGCUUAUAAUGAAAAUGAACUUACACCUCGAGUUGUGCAUAAAAGAGCUAAGAAAAAUUUGUUUACUCGUACGUUCAGUUCCUCAAAAUUCAACAGGGGUAAAUCCAAAAAAUCCCUUGAUUUAAAUGUUACGAAGUUGUCAUUUGGAGAGCCAAGUGAAGUGGAUAAUAAGGAAAGAUUGAAUACCAGUUGUUUUCCUGACAUUUCCUUUCAUCCUACCUCCAGUAAUACCCGUGAGCUUAGCAGUGCACAUACCAGGGCACCAGGGAGAAGUUCGGUUUCUGCUGCUGUGGUAGUGGACGAAUCGUCAGUGGCAGAAAGACCAGAAGGAUCUUCCAGGGCUUGGAUUGUAAAAGCGGAAUGGUUUUGGACAUCAGUUCAAAAAGAGACUAGCCUCGAGGAGAAAGAAUAUUUGUUUGACGAUUACAUAGAACAAGUGCUAUCUCCUAAUGCUAGAAGGGAUUCCCACGCAACGACGCCCAGUAGUGCUAGUAGAAGAAAACGUAAAAGGUUACAUGAAACUCUCUCUUCUUUGGUUCAUCAGCAAUCGCCUGCUUUGCACAAACGCCGCUCCUCAGUUAGUGAUGCUGGUCUGUUAUCGGUUUCUGGUUCAUUCUUGGAUUGCACUGCCAGCCCAAAAGAAAUUCUGGAUGGCACAGAACCUGUCGCAGACACCCCUAGGAAGGGGCUUACAGCACGCCAGCAAGUUUUCUUAGAAUUGCUGCAAACAGAGACCAAUUAUGUAGAUAUAUUGCAUACAAUUAUGACCAUGUUCAAGAAACACCUCGAGGAGAUGUCAGACGAAGAGGCCCUCCUCAAUAAUACAGAACUGAACCUUAUUUUUGGUAAAUUACCUCUGAUAUAUGAAACACACGUAAAAAUGCUCGAUGAAUUUCGAUGGACUUCGGCCCAUUGGAACGAAGAUCGCAGUAUAGGAAAUAUAAUUGUAAAAUAUUCAACAGAACUGUUAAAGGCUUAUCCCCCUUUUAUUAACUAUUUCGAAGAAAUGAAGGAAGUGUUGUCCCAGUGCGACCAGAACAAACCUAGAUUUCAUGCCUUCUUGAAAGCGUGCCAAACAAGACCCGAAUGUGGCAGACAGAGUCUCCAGGAACUUAUGAUAAGGCCAGUCCAGAGAUUAGGAAGUAUCAGUUUGUUGUUAAAUGAUAUUUUAAAGCACACGACAAAGUCGAAUCCCGAUAAUGCAGCUUUGGAACAAGCAUUGGCAGCUCUACGAGAAGUAAUGACACAUAUAAAUGAAGAUAAAAGGAAAGCUGAAGGUCAAGUUACCUUGUUCAAUAUCUUCAAUGACAUUGACAACUGCCCUCCUGAUAUUGUGUCGUCUCACAGAAGCUUUAUAGCAAAGUCCGAAGUGAUACAGCUGUCCUCCUCAGAAGGCCUUUCGAGUAAAGGCAACAGUCUUGUUCUCUUCCUGUUCUCUGACCAGCUGGAGGUGUGCAAGAAGAAAUCGAAAGCCUUCAACAGUCUGAAGAGCCCCUCUGGCGGCGGCAGCUUACAGAGCAAUAAACCUUUGACGAAACCUUACAAGCACGUGAAGCUUAUGGCUCUGAAUACUAUCAAACGCGUGAUAGAUAUUAAAGAGACAGAGGACUGUCAGAAGGUUUUCAGUUUAGUGUGUAGAAAUAAUGACGAGCUUAAGGAGAGACUGUAUUCUUUUGCGAUGGCGGAUGAGGAGGCCGACAAGACUGCCUUUUUGAAAACCCUUACGAGGCAGAUGGCGAAUAAUGCGUGCACAGCUGAUGCGGAUAAAUUCAUGGCUUAUUUAGAACCACAGCAACUGGACAUAGAUACGACUGACCUGAGUAAUGGUACCCUCUCGAAAGCAUUUAAGUUUGCCACGAAGACAAGGUUAAAGGUGGGGAGGGCGUUCUCCUUCAACAAAACACCGUCCAAAUUAAAGAGAGCAGUGUCUUCAAUGAUGUCGCCAUUUGGCAGUUCUACGAAUCUCACUCCAGCAUCCCAACUUGCUCAAAUGAGGCUUGCCAGUUACAGUAAUAUUAAUGAAUUGGGUAACUCCGAAGAUGCUCAAGACUCUCAACCAGUAGCACCCAUGUCAGUUCAACCAACGCGAAAAAUGAAAGCUUCCUCUCUAGGUGUAAAUGCUUUGAAACGAUUAUAACGUUUUGUAUAAGUUUUACUUUUUAAUAAUAUUUUAUCGAAUCAGAUAUAUUUGUACAUAUAAAGUUAAGAAUGAUCAUUUUUAUCCGCUUUUACUCUAAAACAAGAAAAAAAUGUAAGUAGCUAGCAAAUAUCGAAUGUUAUAUUUGUAAAUUUUAUAAAUUUGCAGUUCAUUCACAUUUCAUUCAGGAAUAUUUUAUGUAUUAUAUUUAUUCAUUUUACAAGUUUUAAUAGUUCUACAACUUGUAGUUUUAUACUGUGUUAAGUAAUACACCUUAUAGGUGAUAUUUCAAAACAUUAAAAAAAAUAAAACAA